UCAAAACGAAACGGCAAAAUGACAUUUUAUAUUACCCGGAAUUUUUAAAAGGCAGAUUCAAUAAACGCAUAGAGAAGAAAACAAGUAUUGGCAAAAUUGUACCAGAAACCAAUAUUGCAGUAAAGAAAUAUUUCAAUCUUAUUGAAACAGUAUUAACGAAGAUAUCAGUAUUUCAGAUUUAAAAGAAAGCUGUAAAAGAUGCCUUCCAAUGAAAAUGCUCGUAUUAAAACCUACAAAAACAAAGGAAGAGAUGUCGAUGAGAUGAGAAGACGUAGAAAUGAAGUUUCUGUAGAACUAAGAAAAUCUAAGAAAGAUGACCAGCUGUUGAAAAGGAGAAAUGUGGCUAUAGAUGAAGAACCUACCAGUCCUUUAGGAGAUGCCUCAAAUAAAACCAAUGCCUCAGGACUGACAUUAGUUGAGAUUAUAGCAGGCAUUAACAGUACAGAUGCUGCUACUCAGCUACAGUGUACACAGGGAGCCAGAAAACUGCUGUCAAAGGAAAGAAACCCUCCUAUUGAUGAUAUUAUACAUGCUGGUGUUAUACCUCGAAUGGUGGAAUAUCUUGCUCACAAUGACAGGCCAGAUUUGCAGUUUGAGGCUGCUUGGGCUUUAACCAACAUUGCCUCAGGAACCAGUGAUCAAACAAAAGUUGUGGUCAAGGCCGGAGCUGUCCCUCCAUUUAUAAAACUUUUAGAAUCUUCUCAUCAUAAUGUUUGUGAACAAGCUGUCUGGGCUCUUGGUAAUAUUGCAGGUGAUGGACCAGAGCUGAGAGAUUAUGUUACUGAGAUGGGAAUUGUUGAACCACUUUUAAGAUUAAUAAAAACAGAUACACCACCUGCAUUUUUGAGGAAUGUCACAUGGACUUUGUCAAACCUUUGUAGAAACAAGAAUCCCCCACCAAAGUUUAAGAUAGUUCGUCAGUUUUUACCAACAUUAGCCAGACUACUUCAUCACACAGAUAGAGAAGUUUUAACAGACACAUGCUGGGCUUUGUCAUAUCUCACUGAUGGUACUAAUGAUAAAAUACAGGAAGUUGUAGAUAGUGGUGUGGUACCGAGACUUGUUGAAUUACUGGCUAGUAAUGAAGUCCCUGUGAUAACUCCAGCAUUACGUGCUAUAGGAAACAUUGUUACUGGUGAUGAUCACCAAACACAACUUGUUCUGGAUCACAACUGUCUCGACCCCUUCCACGAAUUGCUCAAACAUCCCAAAAUCAAUAUACAAAAAGAGGCUGCAUGGACGAUAUCAAAUAUAACUGCUGGAAAUACAGCUCAAAUACAACAAGUUGUAGAUAAACAGUUGUUACAACCUAUACUGGAAAUACUUAUCAAGGGUGAUUAUAAAAGUCAGAAAGAAGCAGCCUGGGCAAUUACAAACCUGACAUCAGGAGGCACUGUUGAACAGAUAGCUUAUUUGGUACAGUUAGGAGCCAUCAAACCCCUAUGUGAUCUACUGACUGUCAAGGAGGCUAAAGUCUCACUAGUCAUUCUGGAUGCUGUUAAUAAUAUUAUAACGGCAGCAGAAAAGAUCGGCCAGCAAGAGAUUGUAUGUGUAAUGGUUGAAGAGAGUGGUGGUCUAGAUAAGAUUGAAGAUUUACAGAACCAUGAGAAUGAACAUGUGUACAAGGCAGCUUUAGAAUUGAUAGAGAAAUGGUUCGGUGGAGAGGAAGAGGAUGAGAGUUUAGCUCCCACAUCUACAGAUGGUAAUGCCUAUCAAUUCAAUGCAGCAGCAACCAUUCCACAACAAGGUUUCUCUUUCUAAUCUCAGGACAUUGGAAAAGUAGACUGUGAUAUCAAUUAAAUGAUUAGGAUGAUGUUGUCUUAGUGAGGUUAAAUGCUGAGAAACGUUUUAAUAAGAACAGAGAAGCAUAAUACUGCAGUGAAAUUAUAAUAGAAUACAAAGUGCUAUCACUGUUUCCAUGUUAUGUCUAUUUGUAAAGUGCUCAAUUGUACUAAUAUUUUUAAUAUGGAAGAAUUUAUGAUUUUGAAACUGUUAAUAUAUUAUUUCUUGUCUAAAAAGAGGCAACAUAUUGUAAAAGUUUAAUUUAUAUUAUUUUUAAUAACACGUGAUGUAUCAGAAAUUAAUUCACUUAGAUGCACAGAGUUGUUUAAUAUAAAAAUGAUCGGGAAAAUUUUUUGUCAUCUGAGAAAAAUAAAUUGACAAUAGGGUUGCAAUGAUACAAGUAUAAUUCUCUUUUAUUUGAACCAAUGCUUUACAAAUAGUUCUUUAUCCUUUAGAAAGAAAUAGUCAGUGUUACAACCUGUUCUAGCAAGGUAAAAUUAUUUUUUUUACACAUAUUUUGUCCACUUCUAAUGUAUUGUGGUUAUUAACAUCAUUGCAAUCCUAGUCUAGAAGAGAGAUAAAUGUGCAAUAACAAAAUGUAAAUGCUCAAAAUGCCAUGUCGUGUGUAUAAAGUAAGCAUGUUAUUCAUGGGCUAUUCCAGAAAAAAAAUGUGGGAUUUGGGGGUUUGAAGAAUGCUUUCUUCCAAAAAAAAACUGGUUUUAAGUCUUUUCAUGUACCUAUAUGUUCAUUUUAGUGCCUUCUAGUCCAUUCUCAUUUAAAAAAAAAUCUGGAAUAGCUCUCAAAAGAUUAAUGAUCUCAGUUUACUGUAACAUUGUCUCUAAUGCUCAAUUUUGAGUUAUGGGUACAGUAUUGUGGUCACUCAUAAGACCACUGAAUGUAUGUCCUGUCAAUACAAUAUACAUGGAUACACAGUAGCUUUGUGAGUGAGCUGUUAAACUGUAUCUAUAUCAAUAUGUAUUCCUUCAUGUGAAGAUGCUAGUUAAUAAUAGUGCUAUUAAUUAUUUUGAAAGGAGUUCUGGCAACUUGCUGUAAAUGUAUGUGAAGUAUGAAAUUUUAUUCUCAUUUGUGUAUGAAUGUCCUUUCAUCUAGUCUUUCUUUCGAUCUUGUCUAUCAUUUUGUACAUUUCAUUCAUAUCAACAGAUAAAAAAAACAAAACUUA